GACGUGUCCACCAUACCCAUCUGGUGGCAACUACCAAAUGUUAUCCUUGGUGCUAUAUCCGAAAUAUUUUUUAAUGUCACUGCAUACGAGUUGGCUUAUACAAGAACCCCAGAGAAUAUGCGGGCCACAGUUGUCGCGCUGUUCCUGUUCAUGACGGCGUUGAGCAGUGCCCUAGGCGAGAUCCCGAUCCCGGCAAUCAAUGAUCCUACCCUUCUGUGGACUUGGGCAGCUCCUACAAUCGCCCUUGCUGUUUAG